GUGGUGAAGAUCUUUGUUGAAGUUCAUAUUCAACGUAACAAGAGGCAGUGUAUAUCAAAGGGCGUGGUUGAUCCGGACGAAGAGGGUUGUUUGCUAGAUUGUUGAAGCACGUCUUGCUAGUCGAAAUGGGUGUGGCUGCAGAGGAGCAGUUGGCGAUCAAGAAGUCAAAGAAAUCAAAAGCAGUGGCUGAAGAUGGCCUAGUGGUCGCUGAAACGCCAUUGAAACAGAAAAAGAAGGAAAAGAAAAAGUCGGCCACUGGUGAGAAAGAGUCAAAGAAAAGGAAACUCAAUACAGAUGAUCUGGUGGAGGAGGGUGCCGAGAAGAAGAUAAAGAAAAAGAAGAAGCAGAUCGUGGAAGAGCAGGAGCCCUCCAACGCCGCAUCUGACAGCGCCGACAGCGAGCAGUUUGUGGAGGUAGCCAAGCCAGCAGAUCCUCUGGCGGUGGAUAACUUCCGGCUGUCUGACAAAGUCAAAGCUCUUUUGAGGGAGAAGGGCAUCGAGGCGCUCUUUAGCAUCCAAGCGCACACCCUGAACCACCUCUUGGAUGGAUUCGACUUGGUGGGCAGGGCUAGGACUGGACAGGGCAAGACUCUGGCAUUUGUGUUGCCCAUUGUGGAGCGGCUGCUGGCCCACAAUAUCUCAGCGACCAGGAGGCAGCAAGGCAGGACUCCGCGCGUCAUUGUGCUGGCACCCACCCGCGAGCUCGCCAAGCAGGUGCACGCGGACUUUGAGAACAUCGGCCGCGCGGCAAACCUGAGCACGGUGUGCCUGUACGGAGGCGCCCCCAUGUCGCCGCAGGAGCAGAUUCUGCGCCGCGGCUGCGAUGUGGUCGUGGGCACCCCCGGCCGUGUCAAGGACCAUCUGGAGCGCGGCAACCUCAAACUGCAGGACCUCAUGUUCCGCGUGCUGGACGAGUGCGAUGAGAUGCUGAACAUGGGCUUUGUGGAGGACGUGGAAAAGAUCCUGAAUGCUGGCGGGGACAUCAAGGUGCAGACGCUGCUCUUCAGCGCCACGCUGCCCUCCUGGGUCAAGGACAUCACCCGCCGCUUCCUGCAGCCCAACCACAAGCUGGUCGACCUGGUGGGCACUGACAAGAUGAAGGCGUCGACGAGCGUGAAGCACAUGGUGCUGCCAUGCCACUGGAGCCAGCGCGCGACGGUGGCGGCCGACUUGGUGCGCUGCUACGGCGCGCUUGGCCGCACCAUCAUCUUCUGCGACACCAAGAAGGACUGCAACGAGCUCGUGGCCAGCCUGGGCGAGGGCAUGCGUGCCCAGCCCCUCCACGGAGAUAUCCCCCAGCAGCAGCGCGAGGUGACCCUCAAGGCGUUCAGGGCGGCCAAGUUUGACAUCCUGGUGGCGACUGACGUGGCGGCUCGCGGCCUGGACAUCAACGGCGUGGAGCUCGUCAUCCAAAUCGAGCCUCCCAAGGACCCGGAGACGUACAUUCACAGGAGUGGGCGCACAGGCCGUGCGAGCAGCACUGGUGUCUCAGUGACGCUGGUGGACCGCAAGAAGGAGGGCCUGAUCCCCUUCAUCGCCAAGCGUGCCGGUGUCACCUUCGAGCGCAUCGGCGCCCCCCAGCCCUCAGAGAUGGCCCGCAUCGCAGGCGAGAGGGCGUCAGAGUCCCUGGUAGAGGUGGACAAGACGGUGGUGCCAUGGUUCCGGGCAGCUGCCGCGCAGCUGCUGGAGACUGUGGGGGACCCAGAGGAGGCUCUGGCCAUGGCCCUUGCCAAGGUCACCGGCUUCUCCUCCAUCAGGGCGCGGUCGCUGCUGACGGCGCAUGAGGACUACACGACGCUGCAGUUCCAUGCCGGCCAGGAGAUCCAGCGGCCGGGCUUCGUGUUCACCUCCCUUAGGCGCCACCUGUCUGACGAGGUGGUGGAGCAGAUCAAGGGCAUCACCCUGACCACCGAUGGAAAGAGCGCCAUCUUUGACGUGCCCUCCGGCAUUGCUCAGCCCUACCUCACACAGCCGGCCACACUGCCGGAGCUCAAGGCGCGCGAGGGCGGUGAGCGCCAGGAGGCGACCACCGGGUCCGGCUACGGCGGCGGCUUCGGCGGCCGGGGCGGCGGCUUUGGCGGUGGCCGGGGCGGCGGCGGCCGCGGGGGUGGAUUCACUCAGGGCCGCAGCUUUGGCGGAUCGGGCGGCCGCGGCGGAGGCGGCCGCGGCGGUUCUUCCGGGGGUUUCCGGGGACGCGGCGGGUUUAGCCGCGGGUCUAGAUAGAAUAAACGGAUGCUGAUAAAGUCUGCAGUGUUGUGGUUAGGUUUGUAUCUUUAUCAUACUAUUCUUUGCUGCCUUUUUGGAGAACAGCUACUGAAUCCAUUUUUAGAUUGCGUGUCCAGUUGCAACAAUCUUAGAAGAUAUUCAAGAGAGAAUCCUCCGGAGUCAUUGUUGGAGAAGAUUGUUCGCGAUUAGCCCCAGAGCACUUGGUCCCGUGAGCAUUCUGCUCCAACAUAUAUUAGAAGAAUCAGCUUCAAAAUUGCCCAUUGCACCUGUUGGGAAACCAAAUGCAUGGCCUGGUACAUAGAGGGAAAAUAGCAGUCUCAUGAGCUGUAGUGCGCUCUGUCAUUCACAGGACUAAACAGAUACUGCAGUUCGUAGAUCAGGUUGCAGCAGUGCUGGGAUUUAGAUACGCUAGCUGGUUCUCUACACACUGUUGCCGUCGUGUAAUUUUCUAGACUCA